UUCAACUUCUUGACACGGCGCACACAACAGCAUGAUGGGGACGCUUGUGAUGCUGAUGUGUAUCCUAGUCGGGUGUUUUCAGGCGAUUGGAGGGAUGCCACCUUUAGAGCGAGAUCUCAUUGAGUUGUUGGAAAUCGCAAGAGGUCGUAAGCAUAAUCAAAAUCACGAUUCAAGUUCAUCGUCCUCGUCGUCCUCAUCGUCCUCAGAAGAAGAAAUAGAAAUUUCGGAGCCGGGAUUUCCCUCUAUCUUAGGGCCUGAAAGUUUCGAUGAUAGGAUCGCCAUUGUAGGGGCUGGACCUGCUGGUGUUCACAUGGCUUUGAAACUGAAGAGGGCAGGAUUCCGAAACGUUGUAGUGUUUGAGAAGGAAGAUAAAGUAGGCGGAAAGUCGAAGACUCUUACUUACCGAGAUGUAGUUCAUGAGAUGGGAUCAUGUUAUACCCAACCGGAUCACACAGAGCUGUACGAACUUCUAGAAACUUACGAUGCUGGGAAUCUACUUCCGGUACCUGGUGUCACAAUUUGGAGGGGACAAGCCAUUAUUCCAGGACAUAUAGACACACUUAUCCCUGUCGCCCAAAGCUUGCCCGAGAAUGCGACUAUUGAAGAUAUCGAAAACGCCUUCCUUGCCGCGGUUAACCGAUACGUAACUGUUCAUCAGCAAUUAUUUGGAAAUUACUCCGGUGAAUUGAUGCCUCGUCCGGAUGAAAACGUAUUUAAAAAGGAACUCAACAUGACGUUUUUGCAGUUUUUGGAGAAGUAUGAAGCAGAAUCUCUUGCACAAAUCUUUCUUCAGACGCACACAAUCCAGGGCUAUGGUCAUUUAGACGAAAUUCCGGCAUUGUAUGGAUUGACAUGGUUGACCCCGAACUUUCUAAUAAAACUACUUAACCCUACACCAGAAGAAGUAUCGAAUAUCAAACAACUUAGUAGAGGUUAUCAAACGGUAUGGGAGGAAAUUGUUAGACAGGAAAACAUCGACGUUCGACUUUCCAGUCCAGUCCGAAAGAUAUUUCGAAAGGGGAAAAAGGAACGAGGAAUGAAAAGAAAGAACCGUUCGGAGUUCACUAUACUAUAUGAUAAUGCUUACAUCUACGGACGGAAAGAAGAAUUUGACUUUCUGAUACUGACCCCCGAGAUGAAAUUGCUAUCCGAUUUGGAAAUCAUUGACUUCAACGAAGAGGAAAGUGCCCUGUUUGAGAAAAUGAAUCAUUAUUACUACGCAACGUCGCUGGUUGAUACUACAUACGGAGAUCUUAGGGGAUUAACGCCACAUAGUUUCUUCGCUGAUAAUGUGGAAUCAAAGGAGGACAUGAAGGUUUGGGUUAAGAGAGACUCAUAUAACAGUCUCCAAUAUAAUGUAGGAGAGAAUUACACCAAAGGCUUGGUUCCUGGAGCUCCAGAUGGAAAAUUCAUACAAACCUCGGUAUAUUAUCAAUUCUCGAAAGCAAGACCUAACGAGACAGAUCUAGAGAACGAGUUAAAGACACACAUUGAAGAUAGAGAGGAAGCAACUAUGUUGAACAUCCGCGAUGUCUUCAUAUGGGAUUACUUUCCACAGUUCUCCGUUGCUGACAUUGCAUCAGGAAUAACAUGGGAUAUAUUUGACAUCCAGGGAAAGCAUAAAAUUUGGUAUGCAGGAUCCUCUGUGUAUUUCGAGUCAGUUAAAUCUGUUUUGGAGUACAACAACCUGAUAUUCCGUCAGUACUGCCUGCCCGAAGAAGAAUAGUACCUCAACAAAUGGUUGAUUUCCAUUUCGAAGCAGACCAGAUCCAGAAUAUAAUACAGAUCAUUUACUUCAAAAGUAUAAGCUUAUACUACAGUUAUACCAUAUCAAAUAUUUAAAUUAGUGCAACGAGUUUGGAGCCAUUUUUUUUUACAUCAGUUUAUAUAGUUUUAUACAGUAGCACAAAAAGCAAGAACCCGAGCGCUUAACCCCGGCAAUAUUGUAUUAAAACCCUUCACCGACCCGUACGGAUUCGUUGUUUUCAAUGAGACGAAAUCAAUCAACAACUAAAUGGCAUACAUGAGUCACCCAGGUGACAGAUUUUGAUCGCCUGUCAUCCAUCGUCAUGUUGUGCGAUGUGGUCGUGCAUUAAUAAUAACAUUUUCUUCUCAGAAACCGUCAGAUUUUAAUGAAUUUUGAUUGAAAUUAUUAACCAAUUAUGGGGAUGGUAGGGAUCAUCAUCGUUACUCAAAAUAAGUCUGCCUCCAAGGGAGUGAGGGUUUGGACAGUAAUUAGUCACAAAGUGUAGAAACCUUCAUAAUGCUUCUCCUCUGUAACUUACCGGUAGUUUUUCACCAACAGUUUAUGGGUUGGUGCUUUGGUAAUUUUUAAACUCAAGAAAGGACUGACAGCAGGUGGCUCAUAGUGGGUCACUUAAUGCAAAACCUGAAACAAUCAUGUUUUUGACUCAUCGUCAGAAACUGGAAUACAAAUCUAUACUUCUGGUAGAGCGGGUUCAUAACAGGUCAUAUUGCGUUUUGUCCAAAUAGUGAAUUGCAUUACUCGAGGAUCAAUAAUCCCCGUUAAGGAGAGAAUAUAUAUUCAUUUUUAAUUAUUCAUGCUGGUAUUUAGCGCCUCUCUAAACAUGGAUAUAUGUGGGUCAUUCCCCAAAACUCUUUUUUAAACGCAAAUCUACAGUCAAACGACUCUUUUGUAUAUAUGUAACUUUUAUUCUUUGUCACAUCACAAUAACAAGUAACAAUUGUAUGUUAACUCAGGUGACUGCUAAGGCACAUUGGCUUCUCGUUAGCUUAACAGAACAACGGUAGUAUGAUAGUGAAAGGAGGUAUAUAUUGUAUUUUAUGAAGAGAAAAAGUAUAUUAAUAUAUCUUAUAUUUCUAUUUUGUGACUACACUCUUUCGCGAUUAAAGACUCCUGCGAAUUUUUAUUGGGUUAAUAACUUCUUUCAAUAUUAAAAAUAGCAACUCAAUCACUGGUUCAAGUAAAAUUUCCACGUUUAUUUCUCCAAAUAAAGUUGAAUAAAGGGAUUACAUUAAUAUUCAGAUCAAAUGCAGUUAUUGUAUGUACCAGAACAUUAUUCCAUUAUUUCAUUAUUUUUGUGAUUGGUUUAUUUUGAAAAAAAUGUCGUUGAAACUUUCUUUCUGAAAAGUUUGGAUAAAAAGCGCAUCCCACUCUUUUAUUUACUCUUAUAAAGUUCACUAUUUUCUUUUAUGUGUUAUCCUGUGUUAUAUAUAUGGUAUCACUUAUAUAAUAAAUAGUC